AUGAAGAUGCAGCACUGCUCUCAUGACUUCAGACCCUUGUCUCUCGUUUCCGUAGGUCGAAUGUCGUAUUUGAGAGUUGCGGGUAAUAAGAUCGUGAACGGGGAUGGUGAAGAGAUUGUUCUCCGAGGUGCUGGUCUUGGAGGAUGGAUGUGCAUGGAGAACUUUAUCUCAGGAUAUCCUGGGUGUGAACACCAAAUCCGCGAAGCGUUGGGGGAGGCCAUUGGAGAAGACAAAGCCGAAUUCUUCUUCGACAAGUUUCUCGAGUACUUCUUUGCGGAGCCUGAUGCGUUAUUCUUCAAAUCGCUUGGUCUCAAUUGCAUCCGUAUUGCGGUAGGAUACCGCCAUUUUGAAGAUGACAUGAAUCCUCGUGUUCUCAAGCCAAAUGCUUUCAAACAUCUCGACCGAGCCAUUGAGGCUUGUGCAAAACAUUCGAUCUACACCGUUAUCGACAUGCAUACCGCACCUGGAGGGCAAAGUGGAGGAUGGCAUGCCGAUGGCGGAUCCCACAUCGGUUAUUUCUGGAAGCAUAAAGACUUUCAAGACAGGCUCCUAUGGAUCUGGGAGCGGAUUGCUGAACACUACAAAGAAAAUCCAUGGGUUACUGGAUACAACGUCCUCAAUGAACCAGCUGAUCCUCAUCCCCAACAUGCGACCCUCAUCUCGUUUUACGACAGAGCCUAUUCCAUUAUCCGCGCCAUCGAUAAGCGGCACAUUUUAUUCUUGGAUGGCAACACCUUUGCCACUGACUUUACGAAGUUUCCGGGCGAUGCUGGUACAAGAUGGGAGAACACUGCAUAUGCGAUCCACGACUAUGCUGUUUACGGCUUUCCUAGCUCCCCGGAACCGUACGAAGGGACGGAAGCUCAGAAGGAGAGGAUGAAAGCUACCUACAAGAGAAAGCGGAAGUGGAUAGAUGACCGGGGUCUUUGUGUCUGGAACGGGGAAUGGGGUCCGGUGUAUGGACGAGAAGAGUAUGAUGGUGACGAGACGGAGAGCAUUAACAAGAGGAGAUAUAUGGUGCUCAGAGACCAACUCGAAAUAUACAAAAAUGACUCCUUGAGCUGGUCUAUCUGGCUAUACAAAGACAUAGGCUUUCAGGGGAUGGUUCACGUUUCGCGAUCAACGCCUUACUUGAUACGAUUCAAGGAUUUCCUCCAGAAGAAGCAACAGUUAGCAGUGGACGCAUGGGGCAAGGACGACAAAUACGUCCGACACAUAUAUCGGCCCAUCGUUGAUCACAUCAAGAACUCCGUCGCCGAAGAAAGCGAUCUCAAGCUUUAUCCUCCGCUAUGGAGUGUCGAGGAGCGAACGACUCGUCUGUGUAGGACCAUCCUUGUCGCCGAAUUUCUGGUCAAGGAAUGGGCUGACAUGUUCCGAGGACUGGACGAAGCUCAGUUGGAGGAAUUGGCACGCAGCUUCUCUUAUGAGAGUUGCGUCAAACGGGAAGGGUUAAAUCACAUUCUCCGGGAGCAUGCGUCUACUUGA